AUGUCCCUCGCUCAACUCGCACCCGAAGUCCUCGUCGACAUCAUCGCCCACCUCGGCCCCGACUUCUUCCACCGGGACAUCCGGAGACUAACCCUCUACAAGCGCUGGUAUCAAACCGCCUGGCAAGUCUUUGUCCGCGACGUCCGGCUCUCCUCCGGCUCCCUCGGCAAGCUCCUCCGUCCCGGGGUCCACCCCCACCCCUCCGCCGCCGCCGUCCUCGACGGCCUCGCCCUCUACACGCGCGAGGUGUCCAUCGACCUCUGCGGCUUUCAGGACUGGGAGGCGGCGCGGCACCCCGCCUACGAUGUGCUCCACGCCCACAACAAGGCGGACGGCCGGGCGCCCGACCACGCCGCGCACAAAUUGUCCAGCUAUAAGACGGAGCGCAUCGACGAGUGGACCGCGCAGCUCAACGAGUCCAUCGGCGCGCUAGCCGCCGCCAUGCGCGGCUGGCGGAGGCUCCACUCGGUCAAAAUUACGGGAAAUUUGGAACUCAGCCCCGUUCGGCCCCGGACCAUCCGGUCCUACCUCACCACCGGUCCGCUCACCCGGCUGUUUUCCCUCGCGCAGCUCACCUCCCUGACCUCGACCUCGCCGGCACCGAGAUCCCUCGGCAAGUUUCAGCGCUACGGCUUCGACGUCGUCAACGCGGAGCGCUGCCACCACGCGCCGCCUACCGAGCUAGCUGCCGAGCGGGCGAUGGAGAUUCAGGCCGCCAACCUAGCCGAGAGGCUGACGCUGCCACGCAUGGUGCGGGUCAUCUACCGGAGCAACGUCUACAGCAAUACCGUGGCCAUCGACGUUUUAACAGGCGCGAGGUCUAUCCUUCCCAAGUUCCUGCCCUGGGAUGCGGAAGAUGAUUCCGUCACCGACUUAUUCCACGCAGGGAGACGUCGGAUACAGCAGCGCCUGAUUGAUGAGUUUGAGACGGGCCAGGACUUUUUGAUCAUUCGUAUGACGACUUCUUUCUUUGAAGAUAGCGAUAAAUGCGUGAGGAGAACUUCCCAUCCUCACUACCACUACCACCCCUUCACCUCUACCCCAGGCUCCUCCCGGCCCUUGACAACGCACGAUGACGGGCCUUUGUGA